AUGGGCUGCUUAACUUUGAUUUCUAAGGACUUGGAGGCUCCGCGUUUGAGGCUCCGUUUGAGGCUCCUGGCUGGCCCGGAGUCAGCACCAGUGACGUACACACCUAAAUCUGGUCCUCCGGCCCUCGGCGACCCGCAACCCGGCGGCGGCAGCUGUGCAGCUUCCCGCCUCAGCCCUGCCCCGCACCCGCCAAAGUCCGGGGGGGGAGGUUCACCCUGUACCCAAACGCCCCUCCUCUCCUUACAGUUAAUUAAGCUUCAGGAUUCCAGACCCCGAACGCAGGAAGACUUGAACUCUCUGCCGCUCCAGGUAGGGAACUCCCUGGCGGCGGGGGCGACAGCGGCGGCGCGGGAGAGCUGGUCCCGACCCCCGACUCCGGUGCUCAGGAGUCCCCUGCGCGGAGCGGCCCCCGCAACCGGGAGUCCCCGCCAAGUGUCCCAACUUUCCCGCGGGGCCCGCCGUCACGCGCGCUCCCCCGGCCAGGCCGGCAGUCGGGCAUCGAUCGCACCCGGGCCGAGCACGGGCGGCGGGCAGGAGAGAGGGGAGUCCCGGACCUAG